UGGCGUCCCUGGCCGGUUUGAGGGGUGCGUUGCCCGGAGACGGAAAGUUUGGGAGCCGGAGCAGGCUUGGCGGCGACCCCUGGUAGGGGGCCAAGGGGCGGCGGCCCUGGGGAUGGGGAAGGAGCAGGAGCUGCUGGAGGCGGCCCGCACUGGGCACCUCCCGGCCGUGGAGAAGCUGCUGUCCGGGAAGCGGCUAUCCUCCGGCUUUGGGGGCGGCGGCGGCGGCUCGGGGGGCGGUGGCGGGGGGGGCGGCGGCGGCCUGGGCUCCUCCAGCCACCCCCUUUCCAGUCUGCUGAGCAUGUGGAGAGGGCCAAAUGUGAACUGUGUUGACAGCACCGGUUACACUCCACUGCACCAUGCUGCUUUGAAUGGCCAUAGGGAUGUGGUCGAGGUUCUUCUGAGAAACGAUGCACUGACCAACGUUGCGGACUCAAAAGGCUGCUACCCGCUGCACCUGGCAGCCUGGAAAGGAGACGCCCAGAUAGUGCGGUUGCUCAUUCACCAAGGGCCCUCGCACACCAGAGUCAAUGAGCAGAAUGCUCUUGAGAUCAAAGAACUCAAAAAGUACGGCCCCUUUGACCCUUAUAUCAAUGCCAAGAACAACGACAAUGAGACGGCCCUGCACUGCGCGGCGCAGUACGGUCACACAGAGGUCGUGAAGGCACUGUUGGAGGAGCUCACAGACCCCACCAUGCGCAACAACAAAUUUGAAACGCCUCUGGAUUUGGCGGCUCUCUACGGGCGGCUGGAGGUGGUAAAGAUGCUCCUGAAUGCGCACCCCAACCUCCUGAGCUGCAACACCAAGAAGCACACCCCUCUGCAUCUGGCGGCGAGGAACGGCCACAAGGCCGUGGUGCAGGUCCUGCUGGACGCCGGCAUGGACAGCAACUAUCAGACGGAGAUGGGCAGUGCUUUGCAUGAGGCUGCUUUGUUUGGCAAGACCGAUGUGGUGCAAAUCCUGCUGGCCGCAGGAAUUGAUGUCAACAUAAAAGAUAACCAUGGACUGACGGCCCUGGACACUGUCCGAGAACUGCCUUCUCAGAAGAGCCAGCAGAUUGCAGCACUUAUAGAAGGUCACAUGACUGGAAAAAGAAGUGCAAAAGAAGUAGCUCAGACUGCUAACACCCGGCCACCUCCCUUCUCCAGGGCAGACUCCAUUGCAUCCAAGUCUCAGGGUGAUAUGGAGAGAGCAGUGACAGAACUGAUUGUCAAUUUUGACACACGUGUUAAGGAGGAAGGUCCCUACGAGGUGCUGUACAAUGCUGUAUCCUGCCAUUCCUUGGACAGCAUGGCCAGUGGGCGAUCAUCUGACCGAGACUCUGUGAACAAAGAAGCUGAGGCCGCAGGAGCACGGAUGGGUGGAGUGAGGCCUAGGGAACGUCCACCACCUCCAGCAAAGCCACCUCCUGAUGAAGAAGAAGACGACUGCGUUGAUAAGAAGUAUUUUCUCUUGCCAGCUUCUGAGGACCUGGCUAUGAGACCCAGGACUCAGGGCAGCACCCUCCCAGCAGAAGGCGAGCAUCCGUACGAGCUGCUGCUCACAGCAGAGACCAAGAGGCUGGGGCCUGUGGACGGAAAGACGGAAGACCACAGGCAGAGCCCCAGCAGCCGGAGCCAGGACUGUGUGGAGGGGCAGGAUGGGCAGGUCCCAGAGCAGUUCUCGGGUCUCCUCCACGGCUCCUCCCCGGUGUGUGAGGUGGGGCAGGACCCUUUCCAGCUGCUCACUGCCACCGGCCAGAACCAUCCAGACGAGUCCCCUCAGCAGAGCGCCUGCCUGGAGGCCAGCAUGCAGCUGGAGGAACCGGGUGUACACACCACAGGAGCCCCACAGCCCAGUGUCCUGGACCAGAGCAAAAGAGUGGGCUACCCCACAGUCUUGGCUGCCCCCACCACCAGCCGAGCAUACCUCGAGACUUUGACGCACACAGCACCUCCGCACCCUGCUGGUACUGAGGAAGAAGGAGACAGGAGUGGGGCCAGAAGCCGAGCCCCUCCCACCAGCAAGCCCAAAGCUGAGCUCAAACUCAGCCGCAGUUUGUCCAAGUCUGACUCUGAUCUCCUGACCUGCUCCCCUACGGAGGACGCCACCAUGGGGAGCCGCAGUGAGUCCUUAUCGAACUGCAGCAUCGGGAAGAAGAGGCUGGAGAAGUCACCGUCCUUCACCUCUGAGUGGGAUGAGAUUGAGAAAAUCAUGAGUUCCAUUGGAGAAGGGAUUGACUUUUCUCAGGAACAGCAGAAGAUCUCAGGUUCACGGACGCUGGAGCAGAGCGUCGGGGAGUGGCUGGAGUCGAUCGGACUGCAGCAGUAUGAGAGCAAGUUGCUGCUGAAUGGCUUUGAUGAUGUCCGCUUCCUGGGAUCUAAUGUGAUGGAAGAGCAAGACCUUCGGGAGAUUGGCAUCACUGACCCACAGCACCGGCGGAAGCUGCUUCAGGCUGCACGCUCCCUGCCCAAGGUGAAAGCUCUAGGCUAUGAUGGGACCAGUCCCCCAUCAGUACCCUCCUGGCUGGACUCCCUGGGACUACAGGACUACGUCCACUCCUUCCUGUCCAGUGGCUACAGCUCCAUUGACACUGUGAAGAACCUCUGGGAGCUCGAGCUUGUCAACGUCUUGAAGGUCCACCUGCUGGGCCACCGCAAGCGCAUCAUCGCCUCUCUUGCAGACAGGCCAUACGAGGAGCCACCCCAGAAGCCUCCAAGGUUUUCCCAGCUGAGAUGCCAGGAUUUAAUCUCCCAGACGUCAUCCCCGCUGAGCCAGAAUGAUUCAUGUACAGGGCGGUCGGCAGACCUGCUGCUGCCUUCAGCAGACACAGGCAGGAGGCGUCAUGACAGCCUGCAUGAUCUUGCAGCACCCUCUCGAGCAGAGCGCUUCCGAGUCCAGGAGGAACCCAGUGAGACCAAGCUGACCCUGCGCCCACCCAGCCUGGCCGCCCCCUAUGCUCCAGUGCAGAGCUGGCAACACCAGCCCGAGAAACUCAUCUUUGAGUCCUGUGGUUAUGAGGCCAAUUAUCUGGGCUCCAUGCUGAUCAAAGAUCUGCGAGGGACAGAAUCCACACAAGAUGCCUGUGCCAAAAUGCGGAAGUCCACCGAGCACAUGAAGAAGAUCCCCACCAUCAUCCUGUCCAUCACAUACAAAGGUGUCAAGUUCAUCGAUGCCUCCAACAAGAAUGUCAUUGCGGAACAUGAGAUCCGGAACAUUUCCUGUGCGGCCCAGGACCCUGAGGACCUGUGCACCUUUGCCUAUAUCACCAAGGACCUGCAGACCAGCCACCAUUACUGCCACGUUUUCAGCACAGUGGAUGUGAACCUGACCUACGAGAUCAUCCUGACCCUGGGGCAAGCGUUUGAGGUGGCCUAUCAGCUAGCCCUGCAGGCCCAGAAGUCCAGGACCAUGGGGGCCUCUACUGCGAUGAUUGAAACAAAGUCUUCCAAACCCGUGCCUAAGCCUCGGGUUGCCGUGAGGAAGUCUGCGGUGCCGCUGCCCCUUGGUAGUCGCUGUUGUCACUGUCACUCCUGCACCACACACCGUCCUUCCUACCUACCGCUGCCGUCCGUUAGUCCUGGAGUCAAGCUGGAACCACCUGAUACAGACCAGGAGGCCCCAUCCCACGCCAGUGUUUCCUGGAUUGUAGACCCAAAGCCAGACUCUAAGCGGAGCCUCAGCACCAAGUAUGAGACCACUAUCUUCUAAACAGCCACCCUUGUCUCCGCGGGUCCCACUGUGCCUUUGCCAUCUCUCUGCUGUCUCAACUCUCCUUCCAGCUGUCACCACCCUGGCCCCACCUCUCCAGGGACCUGCCCUCUCCUGGCAGCAGCUCUAGACCCUCCUCCGCUCACAGCUCUUGUAUAAUACCACCCACCACUGUGAAGUCUGCCCUGGGGCUGAGGACAGCUGGGGGGUGACCUGCCUUUGAAGGCAACCUCAUGGGCACUAAGACGGACUCUGCAGCCCCCAGAGCCUCUGCAACAGGCACUGUGAGCGGAGGGAGGGGUAGUCUUCCAGUGGACUCCACAUGACACCACAGUAGCUCCCUCCGUGGUGGUGCUGUCAGCUGCCCACUCCUGUCCUGGGUCACAGGUGGGUGCCCAUAGCUGCCAGUUUUCACCUGACCCACCCAACCACUGUGACCACCCAGUGCCAGAAUGCCCUCCACACAGCUGGCCUACAGCCCUGCUGCUACUCUAAGGUGCUGGUCUCAGUCUCUUGGUUAGGCCCCUGUGAAAACCUGAGCUCAGUAAUGUGACCUGGCUUGGGACAGAUGAGCUGACAUUCAGGCAGAUGUCAGCCCUGAAUGGGGAUCUAUGAAUCUUUGAACAGCUGGCUUCUGGGAGGGGUAGGGGGGCCUCUAUGCAAUUGACUCCUCUUUUCUGUGGCAUGGGCCUGACUCCGUGGAGUGCAGAUCACCGAGGAAACCCUUCCUGUAGGACCCUGCACACAAGUGCACUUUCUCAGAGUGGAGCCUCCAGAGCACAGGGGCAUAGACUGUGGCCUCAGAGCAUUCUGCUACCUGUCCGCGGUGUGGGGAUCCGAAAUGGCCAUCAUCCAGCCAUCCCCUGUACCCUCCCUCAGCUCUCAGUCCUCUGAGGGGAGCACCAGCUGUCUCUCCUCACAGCCACCGGCAGCUGGCUUCACGGAGCUGAGUCUUUCUUGGAGGAAGCUCCGUAUUCCCUACUCUGGGAAGAUCAGUCUAGGUGGCAGGAGACAGGAAGGAAGCAAUUCCGUAGCAUCUGGUGCAAAUGCAGCACGUAGCAUGGUGGAGAGACCACCAGGGCAACUAACCCCCUGCCGUGGGCCAGAAUCAGCAGUGGGCAUGUGGCCAUGGAGGGCACCCUGGGAGGCUGAGGGACUGGUGUUCUGCUGCUGUGUGUCCUUUCCGUGUCCUCCACCUGGUCCAGACCCUUUGGUUAACUCUUUCCUCCCCAUUGUUUGCUUCUGCCAAGCUGAGCCACUGCGGAACCACACUGUGCUGCGGAAACAUAGCCGUGGGGUGCACAGGCUCCUGCCCUCCCCCCCAAGCAGCGAGCCUCUACUGCAGCUCCGAAGACCCAGGCCCGGCCCAUAGGACCUCCUCUCGGCUGCUUGGUCUGGGCCUACCACCACCAGGUCCUGCAGAGCAAGCCGUGCCCUGGCUGCAGCGACGACGUCUUAGGCCUCUAGCCAAUGAGACUGGAACUCUGGAAGGCCCCAGAAGUGACCUGCCCAGACACAUGUUUUUAAUAGGGGAAAGAAAAAAACUUUUUUAAAAAAUGAAAUUUUAACACUUGGCUCCAGCCUCUCAGCAAAACUGCCAAUCUUUAAACAAAUGGCCAUGAACUGAGAGGAUGGAGGUGCUCUGAUUAGCCAGAACACCAUCUGCAGCCCUCUGUCCUCAGGGUGGAGUCUGUUUCAUGGUCUUUUACUCCCAAAUACUUGUCUAGAGCUGGCUAGGAGGCUCCUUAGGACAGGACUGCAGAGACUUGUGGUCCGAUUCUGGUGUUCCAAAUAGAAAGGUCCAGUGGCCCAAUGGGAUGAACAAGUAGUUUCUGGUGCGGGGAACUCCUCUGUAGCUCGCCUGUUAGUAACCAGAGCACUGCCUGCUGCCAGCCUGCCACAGCCCAAUCAGGAGCAGCAGCUUUGUUUGAGGCAUUAAUGGGUAGAUGAGCUAAGAUUGUAACGUGCCAGCUGUGACUUGUCUAGUCAGGUCUGAGUCUCGGAACUGCCAAUUUUUGACUAUUGCUGGCUACAGUUCUAGCUCCAGGUGUGGGAAACGCUAGAUCAGUUGGCAGUCCAAUUCCCCCAGUCUUGAGGACAGGCUGGGAGGCUGGCACACUGUUGGUUAAGCCCUGCUACUGGCUUCCUUUGCUUUUAAAAAAUGGGUAGUGGUCAUUCUCCAGGCUUGGGGAUGUGCAGAGCUCCUGGGCAUUUUCACCUGUGUCUGACUAGAAAACAGGGCUGUAUUUUCUAGGUUAUGGACUUCCUGUCUGCUGGGCAUGCAGCAGCCCAUUUGGAAAGGGGCAGUUGUCCUCCACUGCUGGGUACUGGAGAUGUCCCUUAGUUUUCGUGCCUCCCUCUCAGUCACACCUUGCAGUGAUCCAGAGAGACCUAUGGCUCCUAGGUCAGUUGUGCUGCACUCCUUCCUGCUCCCCGGCUCUGCUGGCAGGCACAAAGCCUAAUGGGAAAACUAGACACUACGAAGAGCUCAAGCUGUACUGCUUUUAAAUCCCACGCAGGCAUUUCUUCCCCAUGACGCUGCUAUGUCCUUAUUUAUUCAGGGUGUUUUCACAUUGGAAGUCUUGGCUUGUCUGCUCUGGGUCUUUGAGAUUGGUUUCUGAAUAGUCAAGAAACCCAAGUGACUAGACCUUCCUCCUCUACUCUUCCUUGGGGCGGUCUCUCCCUUCCUUAGAGAAGACUAGAUCAGGACAGGAUUCAAGUGGAAGGGCUUGGGCGCUGCACUCCUGAGUGCUAGUUGUUCCUGGGGCGAUCUGACGCCGUGCCUGAACUAUGAAGGAGCGUUCAGAUGGGAGUCGCAAGGUGUACUCCGAGCCCUCACUGCAGCUCCUCAAGCUCCCACUUGCCUCUCACUAGGCAGCUGCUCCGGACAAGAUGCCCCACUCCUGCAGGCUCUGCAUCUGAGGUGACUGUUGGGACGUUAUUGAGAAGCCUUGGCUUGUGCACGCAGAACACAUGGUUGCAGUUGUCAACACGUUAGAAACUAGUCUGAACACAGCCUUUUGAGAUACCCAGGCCUGCACAGUGCAGUUCACAUGAGUUGCUCAUGGUGGGCAGUGGGAUGGAACUGUAAGAAAAAUGUUAUUUAAUCUUUGUCUCUGUAUUUUGAUACUUGAAUGACUUCCCCUUUUGUUUUACUGUACAUAAAAUUGUUAAUCUGA